CUCCGCGGCUCGGUGCAGCCCGCGCGGCCCCCGCCCUCGGACCCGCCCCCGGGGGUCGCCCGGCCCCAUGCCCUGCAGCCGCGGCGGAGCAGCGCGCGGCCGCGGGCGGCUCUGAGGAGCCCGGAAGGAGCCGGCGACGAGGGGACCAUGUACCGGGACCCGGAGGCGGCCAGCCCAGGGGCGCCCACCCGCGAUGUCCUGCUGGUCUCUGCCAUCAUCACCGUCAGCCUUAGCGUCACUGUCGUCCUCUGCGGCCUCUGCCACUGGUGUCAGCGCAAACUGGGCAAACGCUACAAGAACUCCUUGGAGACGGUGGGCACGCCAGACUCAGGGCGUGGGCGCAAUGAGAAGAAGGCCAUCAACGAUCUAGACAGAGACUUUUGGAAUAACAAUGAGAGCACAGUGCAGCAGAAAUGGAGCUCCUACCCUCCCAAGGAGUUUAUUCUAAACAUUUCACCCUACGCCCCUUAUGGCGACCCACGACUGUCCCUCAAUGGCACUCUCCUGUCAGGCGCCAAAGUGGCCGCUGCUGCUGGGCUGGCGGUGGAGCGGGAAGGCCGGCUGGGGGAGAAGCCGGCACCGGUGCGGCCACCUGGAGAGGACGCCUUGAGAAGCGGCGGCACUGCCCCCAGCGAGCCAGGCAGCGGUGGCAAGGCGGGGAGAGGCCGCUGGCGCACGGUGCAGAGCCACCUGGCCGCAGGGAAGCUCAACUUGUCCAAUUUCGAGGACUCCACCCUGUCCACGGCCACUACCCUUGAGUCUAUCCCCAGCUCCACGGGAGAGCCGAAAUGCCAGCGACCCCGCACUCUGAUGCGGCAGCAGAGCCUGCAGCAGCCGCUGAGUCAACACCAGCGGGGCCGGCAGCCCAGCCAGCCCACCACCAGCCAGAGCCUAGGCCAGCUGCAGGCCCACACGGCCUCGGUGCCGGGCCACAACCCCCGGGCCUAUGGCCGGGGCCAGGCUCGGCAGGGCACCUCCGCUGGCUCCAAGUACCGGGCGGCCGGUGGCCGCAGCCGCUCCAACCCAGGCAGCUGGGACCACGUGGUGGGGCAGAUUCGAAACCGAGGCUUGGACAUGAAAUCCUUCCUGGAAGGCCGGAUGGUGGUGCUAUCCUUGGUCUUAGGGCUUUCGGAACAGGAUGACUUUGCCAAUAUCCCUGACCUGCAAAACCCAGGAACCCAGCAGAACCAGAACGCUCAGGGGGACAGGAGGUUGCCUGCAGGAGGGAAGGCAGUGAACACAGCCCCAGUGCCCAGCCAGACGCCUCACGAUGAGUCUGACCGCCGGACCGAGCCACGUUCCUCCGUCUCAGACCUUGUCAACUCCCUCACCAGCGAGAUGCUCAUGCUCUCCCCAGGCUCCGAGGAGGAUGAGGCGCACGAGGGCUGCAGCCGAGAGAAUCUGGGCCGGAUCCAGUUCAGUGUUGGCUACAACUUCCAGGAGUCCACGCUCACCGUGAAGAUCAUGAAGGCCCAGGAGCUGCCGGCCAAGGACUUCAGCGGCACCAGUGACCCGUUUGUCAAGAUCUACCUGCUGCCAGACAAGAAGCACAAGCUGGAGACCAAGGUGAAGAGGAAGAACCUGAACCCCCACUGGAAUGAGACCUUCCUCUUCGAAGGUUUUCCCUACGAGAAGGUGGUGCAGAGGGUCCUCUACCUCCAGGUCCUGGACUAUGACCGCUUCAGCCGCAACGACCCCAUUGGGGAGGUGUCCAUCCCCCUCAACAAGGUGGACCUCACCCAGAUGCAGACCUUCUGGAAGGAUCUGAAGCCAUGCAGCGAUGGGAGUGGGAGCCGAGGGGAGCUGCUCUUGUCUCUCUGCUACAACCCCUCUGCCAACUCCAUCAUCGUGAACAUCAUCAAAGCCCGGAACCUCAAAGCCAUGGACAUCGGAGGCACAUCAGACCCCUACGUGAAGGUGUGGCUGAUGUACAAGGACAAGCGGGUGGAGAAGAAGAAGACGGUGACGAUGAAGAGGAACCUGAACCCCAUCUUCAACGAGUCCUUUGCCUUCGAUAUCCCCACGGAGAAGCUGAGGGAGACGACCAUCAUCAUCACCGUCAUGGACAAGGACAGGCUCAGCCGCAAUGACGUCAUCGGCAAGAUCUACCUGUCCUGGAAGAGCGGGCCCGGGGAGGUGAAACACUGGAAGGACAUGAUUGCCCGUCCCCGGCAGCCUGUGGCCCAGUGGCACCAGCUGAAGGCCUGAGUGGGGCCAAGGGAGGCCCAGGGGGCCAAGCGCCCGGGUCCCCAUCGUGCCCUCACCACUUUAUGCACAACGCCCGGCUUGGCCCCCCUGCCAUGGGUGAGGGGAGGACCCCAACAGCUUGGCCAGGGAGGGUCCCAGGAAUCAUUUGGGCCCCAUUUCUAGGAAGUACCAGCCCCAUCCUCCACCAGUCCAACUCCGGGGGAGGGGCUCUGGGAGCCAUUUUCCUGCUUUGCCCCUUUCCUUCCUGACUUGCUGAUACUAAAGAAGUGGGGGAAAGCGUGAGAGCCAGACAGGCAGAUCCCUCCAGAGGCCCGUCAGGUGGACAUGGUCCCCGUUUUCUUUAAGGCAGUGCCUGGAGUGGAGAGAGGCCGCCCACUCCACAGCCCCCGGUUCUGGGCCCAGGAGAGGGGAGGCUGAGGUGUUUGGCCCCGGCCUGGCCAGGAGAGACCCGUCCCAGGGCAGUUUCAGGUGCCGGCUGGGCCCUGAAUGCCAAGGAUAGUAUAGAGCCCCCUCUGGGGUCCUGGAGCUGCA